AUGGCUUUAAAUAAAAUUCAGGUGAUUAAAGGUCUUGAAGAUGUGACGUUGUGUGAAAAGGAAGCCUGGACCUUCGAGGUGAUUCUGAGUCACGCGUAUGUCCGAGGCAUGUGGACGCGGAACGGGCUGCCGUUUAAAUCCAAGCCCUCAUGUCGUAUUGCAAUGCAGGGGAAGAGGCACACUCUCACUCUGACCCGUGUCUCGCUGUUAGACAUGGGCCUCGUCAGCUUUCAGGCAGAAGGAGUGGAGACCCGCGCUAACCUCACUGUCACAGCGAGAGACAUACAGAUCCUGAAACACCUGCAGGAUGUCAGUGUGAUGGAAAGGCAGAGUGUAAUGUUUGUGUGUGAAGUAAACCUGGAGGAAGUGGAUGGAAAGUGGUUCAAGAACAACAGCAAGAUAAAAGCUGGGGACAAUGUCCGAAUUAGACAAGAAGGUAAAAUUCACUCAAUGACCAUCAAAGCCAUCAAACCAGAAGAUGCUGGUGAAAUCACCUUCAUGGCAGAGAGAGUUUUGUCCACAGCAAUGCUAAGGGUGAAAGAACUUCCAGUUCAGAUUGUAAAGCCACUGCGGGUGAAGAUUGCCCUGUACAGACACCGUGCCCUGCUGGAGUGCCAGGUCUCCCGCGCUAACGCUGAGGUCACGUGGUACAAACGGAACAGAGAAAUUGCACCCAAUGGGAAGUACCAAACUAUUAGUGAAGGUCUGUACAGGCAGCUGACCAUCGAAGAAGUGGGCUCAUCGGAUGAGGACACCUUUAUCUGUGAUGCUGGUGAUGAUAAAACAUCUUGUCGACUGUUUGUAGAGGAGCAGGCUAUCAGCAUUGUGCGUGGACUGAGCCCCGUCGAGGUAAUGGAGCCUAAGGAGGCUCGUUUCAGAGUGGAGACAAGCGUUAAAGCAGAACGAGCCCCUAAAUGGACUUUAAAUGGGGAGCUGUUAAAUCCUGGCUCUGAAGUGAGGAUAGAGAGAGAAGGAACGUCACACCGACUUACAUUCACCAACACCAACAGCAGCAUGUGCGGCAGCAUCCAGUUCAGCUUGGGGAAGAGCAAGUCGACUGCUCAGCUUACUGUUACAGAGCGCCCCUUGGUGAUCACGCAACCCAUUUCAGAUGUGAAGGUUAAAGAGAACUGCUCAGUGACUCUCAAGUCUGAGUUUUGUCCUUCACCAAGAGUGGUGCGCUGGUUUAAGGGAAGAACUCCUUUACUUGCCUCAAGCAAGUACACCAUGAGACGGGAGAAGAACCACGUUGAGAUGACCAUUAUGGAUGUGAAGGCUGGAGAUGCGGGGGAAUAUCUGUGCCUAGCUGGUGGAUCUGAGACCAGGGGUCGGGUCAGUGUAGAAGUGAAGCAACUUAAGAUCACACGGCAUCUGGAACAUGUAGAGGUUGAAGAAGAAGGAACAGCAGUGUUUUCCUGCGAGCUAAACUAUGAAGCACCAAGUGUCACGUGGCUUCUCAAUGAAAAGGUGAUUCAUGCAAGUCACUUGAACAUGAUCCAUAAUUCAGGCAAAGUAUACAUUCUGGCCCUGAAAAGACUUACACCGCAAGAAAGCAGGGUGACUUUCAAGACUGUCAGCAUCAGCGAGUCUACCGUCCUCAGGGUCAAAGAAAGACCAGCGGUGUUUCUUAGAUCGUUGGAAGACGUUGUGGCUGAGGAACGUGGUCAAGCUUGCUUACUGUGUGAAGUAUCCAAGGAAGCAGUAACCCCCGUUUGGAGGAAAGAUGGUACGGUCCUAAAUGCUAGUGAAAAACAUGAAAUUCUUCAUUUGGCAAAGUCAUUAUCUUUGAUCAUUCACAAGCUUAAAAAAGACGAUUCUGGGGAAUAUUCUUGUGAUGUGGGGACUAGCCAAACAAAAGCCAAGGUUGUCGUUCGUGAUCUUAACAUCACCAUUGUCAAGCGGUUGCGGACAAUUUCAGUGCUCGAGGGGGAAUACUGCAGUUUCGAAUGUAUUCUGUCACACGACAUCAUUGAUGAACCCUCAUGGACACUGAAUGGCCAGCUGAUCAUCAGCAAUGGUCGAAUUCAAGUUGCUCACCAGGAUCGAAGGUACACCAUGAGCAUCAAGGAGGUUAUGAUUAAUGAUGCAGGUGAUAUAGUCUUCACCAUCAAGGAUCUCAGUUGCAGGACCAUGCUGUUUGUCAAAGAGAAGCCUGUACGGGUGUUUAGGGACAUGCUAAAUGUUAAGGCAGUACCUGGAGAAGAUCCAGAGCUUAGCUGUGAGAUCACCAAACCUGAAGUGACCAUCAAGUGGUUAAAAAAUAACCGGUUAAUUAGGUCUAGUUCUAAGUAUGAAAUGAUGCAAAAAGGAUAUUUGGUAACACUAGUAAUCCAUAAUGCAACUGUAAAGGACUCUGGAGAGUACUGUUGUGAGGCUGAUGGAAUCGCCACUAGGGCAAGGUUAGAGGUCAGAGACUUUCAGCACACUUUUGCUAAGGAACUAAAAGAUGUAACUGCAGAAGAAAAGAAUAUGGUAGUCCUGGAGUGUGAGACCAAAAGACCUGCCACUAAGGUGACGUGGUUAAAAGGCAUGGUGGUGCUUAGCUCAGGUCAAAAGUACCUGAUUUUGCAGAAUGGUGUUGUUCUCUCACUAACCAUAUUCAACCUUGAGAAGGUUGACAGCGAUUUGUACAUGUGUGAUGUUGGGACAAUGCAGAGCAGGGCAUUACUUACAGUAAAAGCUGUGCCUGCUGAAUUUACAAGUCAGCUUCAUAAUCAAGAAGCUGAUGAAGGAAGUAGUGUGACACUGUUCUGUGAAUUCUCUGUACCCGGGGUUCAGUACUUGUGGCAAAAAGGAGCUGAGACACUCCAGUCCGGAGAGAAGUACUUAAUGAAGCAAAGGAAAAAUUACAUUUCUCUCACAAUCCACAAUGUGAAACUUGAGGACUCAGGGACAUACAGAUGCAUUUGCAGGAACCAGAUGACCACAGCCACUGUUACAGUGCUAGCUAUUCCCAUCACAUUCAUUAAAGAACUUAAAAGUCAAGAAUCGGACGAGGGCACAGCCGUGACAUUACGCUGUGAGCUCUCCAAAGCUGGAGUCCCAGUGGAGUGGAUGAGGAAUGAAGAAGUGCUCAGCCCUGGGAUGAGGUAUCAGAUUCGACAGAUAGUAUCCAUCCAGGAACUGGUCAUUAGAAAUCCAGUUCCAGAAGACAGUGGAACCUACAGCUGUGUGUGUACUGACCAAAGAACCGAAGCCACUGUCAAGAUAAAAGCUCAACCAGUUACCUUCAAACAGAAGCUUAAAUCUCAAGUGGUUGAAGAAGGAAGAUAUGUCACCUUACACUGUGAGAUAUCAAAGCUUGGCUUUCCUGUAGAAUGGCGGAAGGGUCAAGAGUUGCUCAAGUAUGGAGAAAAGUACCAGAUGCGACAAAGAAGUUGUGUAAUAGAGUUAAAGAUAUUUAAUCUGACAUGUGAAGACAGUGACAUAUAUAGCUGCUCAUGUGGUGAUGUCCAAACAUCAGCUAGGAUUACUGUGAGCACGCAACCAAUCAGUUUCACAGAGAAGCUAACAAACCUGGUUGCUGAGGAGGGCAAGAAUGUGACCUUGCAUUGUGAACUAUCCAAAGCUGGUGUUCCAGUGGAAUGGUGGAAUGGAGAAGAGCUUCUUCAUCCUGGACAAAAGUAUCAGAUGAGAGAAAGAGAUGCAACACAUGAGCUUAUCAUCUUUGACACAGUACCCGAAGACACUGGAGUCUAUAGAUGUGUAUGUGGAAACCAGAAGACCAACGCAAUGAUAAAAAUUGUUGCUCUUCCUGCUACUUUCAAAAGUUUUCUGAAGAACCAGGAAGCUCAAGAAGGAAAAAGCAUCAGUUUGCAGUGUGAGCUUUCCAAAGUUGGAGUACAUGUGGAGUGGUGGAAGGCAGGGAAAAUGUUGAGAAACGGUGAAAGGUAUCACUUGAGAAAAAAGGAUGCAACAGCAGAGCUGCUAUUAAGAAAAGCACAACCAGAAGAUAGUGGAGUUUAUCGCUGUGUUUGUGGAGAGCAGAGUACUGAGGCAUACAUCAAAGUCAAUGCUCUUCCAAUCAUGUUCAAACAAGAACUGAAAAACCAAGAAGCUGAAGAAGGGAACAAUGUCACUUUGCGUUGUGAACUCUCAAAGUCUGGAGCUUAUAUAGAGUGGUGGAGAGGUGAAGAACUUCUCAAGAUUGGGAAAAAAUACCAGAUGAGACAAAUGGCCACAAAAGUGGAGCUUGUCAUCCGAAAAGCAGUACCUGAGGAUAGCGGUGUCUACACUUGUGUGUGCCCAGAUCAGAAAUCCAGUGCUGUAAUUAACAUAAAGGCUUUACCAGUGAUUUUCACACAACACAUGAGAAACCAAGAAACAAUGGAAGGCAAGAGCAUCACCCUACGUUGUGAACUUUCUAAACCAGAAGCCUUAGUGAAAUGGUGGAAGGGACAGGAAGAGCUGACUGGGGAUGAAAAAUACCACAUGAAGACUGAGGGAAAGACAGCUGAGCUAGUUAUCAGGGAUGUUUUAUGUGAGGAUGCUGCUGCAGCCUCUGUGUUCUUUGAGAAGGAACUCCAGGACCAGGAGGUGAUUGAGGGAAACUCUGUGGUGUUUAGUUGUUUGCUUUCAAGUCCUAAUGCACCAGUGGCUUGGAAAAAAGACUCAUGGCAGAUCACAACAGGUGGACGAUUUACUCUACACCAAAAGGGCUCAACGCAGGAGCUUGAGAUCAGAAAGCUAAGGCCUGAGGAUGCUGAGUGUGUGAAAAUUGUAAGAGAGCUGCAGGACCUGACUGUAACUGCAGGAGAAGAUGCGCAUUUCAUGUGCGAGCUUUCACAUAGCGAUGUCACUGAUGGAGUGUGGUGGCUCGACUCCACCGUUCUGCAGGAAAAUGAAAUGAAUCAAAUGAGGUAUUGUGGGCGUGAGCAUCACCUGACUCUUACCAUGACUACACCUGAGGAGUCGGGUAUGGUGGCAUUCGUAGUAGGAGAGGAGUGGACUUCAGCUCGUUUACGAGUGAAUAGUAAACCUAAAGACAAGACUAGAAACAUGGAGGGACUAAACAUAGGACCAGAGAUGCACGGAGAACCCAGAGACGGAACUAAAGACGAGACCGGGGAGACCAGAGACUCGGGGAGACCAGAGACUCGGGGGGAGAACAGAGACUCGGGGGGAGAACAGAGACUCAGGGAGACUCGGGGGAAGACCAGAGACUCGGGAAAUCAGAGACUCGGGGGGAAACCAGAGACUCGGGGAGACCAGAGACUCGAGGGGAGACCAGAGACUCGGGGGGAGACCAGAGACUCGGGGGGACCAGAGACUCAGGGGGAGACCAGAGACUCAGGGGGAGACCAGAGACUCAGGGGGAGACCAGAGACUCGGGGAGACUCGGGGGACACCAGAGACUUGGGGAGACUAGGGGGGGAGACCAGAGACUCGGUUUUAAUAAAAGAGAAAUUAAAAGACAUGAUCGUCUUCGAGGGUGAUACUGCCACAUUAUCCUGUGUCACCUCGGGCGACUGCACGCCCAUCACAUGGAAACGAAACAACGUGACCCUUCUGGCAGGGGAAAAGUAUGAACCUCGUGAAGAAGGACAGCACAACCUCCUUUUAAUACAUAAUGUUGAAAAAGAGGACACUGGAGUUUACAUGUGUGACACCGGAGACAUGCAAAGUAUGGCUGUUCUGACUAUCAGAGAACUACCAGUGUUUUUUCAUGAGGAACUACAAAAUCUGGAGUUGGAAAAGGGUGAAAGUGCUUUGCUAACCUGCAAGAUCUCCAAACCUGGGGUUGUGGUGCAGUGGAAGAAGGGAUCCAUCCAGCUUAGACCAGGAGACAAGUAUAAAAUGAAUGAAAAUGGAUGUGAGCUACAUCUUCAAAUUCAUGAUCUGACCUGUGAGGACAGUGGCACCUAUGGAUGUUAUGCUGACACCAUAGCGACCACAGCAAUCAUUCUCAUUAAAGAGCAAUCUUUGUUCUUCUACAAGGAGCUCAAAAAUCAAGAAGCAAAGGAAGGCGAAACUGGCUUGUUGUGCUGUGAGAUCUCAAAACCCGGGGUUUCUGUGGAGUGGAAAAAGGAAACCAUGCUUCUGAAACCUGGAGAGAAGUAUGAAAUCGGCCAGGAUGGAUGUAAACUGCAGCUUAAGAUCCAUGAUCUAAAAAGUUCUGAUAGUGGCUCCUACAAAUGUUGUGCUGGUAGUCUGGAACUUCACAGUCUAGAGGUGGAAGAGGGUACAGUUGCCUUACUGUGCUGCGAGAUCUCAAAACCUGGAGUAUCCGUGCAGUGGAAAAAAGGAGCUCUUCUUCUGGAACCUGGAGAGAAGUAUGAGAUAAAGCAGGAUGGAUGUGAACUGCAACUUAAGAUCCAUGAUCUGAGAAGUUUUGAUAGUGGUUCCUACAAGUGUUGUGCUGGUGUGCUCAUCACAACAGCCUCAAUUCUAGUAAAAGAAAAACCUUUGUUUUUCAGCAAGGAUCUUCAACAUCUGGAGGUAGAAGAAGGCAAAGCUGCCUUGUUCUACUGUGAGCUCUCAAAUCCUGGAGUUAAAGUGCAGUGGAAGAAGGGAGAUCUUUUUUUGGAGCAUGGAGAAAAGUAUAAGAUGAAGCAGGAUGGGUGUGAAAUGCAACUUAAGGUCUAUGAUCUGAGAAGUUCUGAUAGUGGCUCCUAUAAAUGCUGUGCUGGUAGUCUGGUCACCACAGCAUCUCUUGUAGUGAAAGAAAAACCUUUGCUCUUCUGUAAGGAGCUUAAAGAUCUGGAAAUUGAUGAGGGGAAUACGGCUAUCUUGUCCUGUGAGCUGUCAAAGUCUGAAAUUUCUGUGCUGUGGAAGAAAGGAGAUCUUCCUCUGAAGCAAGGGGAGAAAUAUGAAAUGAAGCAGGAUGGAUGUGAAAGGCAGCUUAAGAUCCAUGAUCUGAGAAAAAAACCCUUGUUCUUCUGCAAGGAACUUCAAAACCUGGAGGUAGAAGAGGGUAAAACUGCUACGAUCUGCUGUGAGCUUUCUAAACCUGGAACUUCUGUGCAGUGGAAUAAGGAAACAAUGCUGCUUAGACCAGGAAACAAGUAUGAAAUCAAACAAGAUGCCUGUAAACAUCAACUUAAGACCUUUGACAUGAGGACUCAAGACUCUGGGAGCUACAAAUGUUGUGCUGGUAGUUCAGUGACCAUGGCAUCUAUCACAGUCAAAGAGUUUCCGAUCAGACCUAAAGACAUCCUUCAGGUACCGCCACGCUCAAGGGGCAUGAAAUUCCUGGAAGGUCCUUUCCUAGAUGAACAAAGCAAUGUUGUUGAUCGAGAAAUGUCACCUGCUAAUAAUAUAGUAGAGCAAGGGCAGGAUGACCACUGGGUUGAUAGUUUAAAGGAGACAGAAGAACAAGACAAUGAGAAGAAGACAGCAGUAAAAAAAGAUGAAAGAUUCCCUGGCAAAGAUGAGGUGAUGGUGGAUAUUAAAAUGCCUGAUCUUACUCCUGAUGAUAAUGUUACUGUAGAACAGUGGAACACUGCAGAGAAUAUUGCAGUUACAACAACUGUAGACAUUUCUACAAACCAAAAUCGAGACAACAUAAAGCAAGAACCAGAAUGCAGUGUUACCAUAAAAAGAAGACAGACUCAGGGUAAAAUCGAAGCACCAACUCACCAUAAGGAAUUGUUCAUCCAGCCACAGAUUGCUAUUCAGGGUCAAGACAGUGUCAUGAAGCCAUAUGAAGCCAGAGGUUCUUCAGAUAUUGAGACAUUAAUAAGGCAAGAAGUAAAAGAAGCCAACUCAUUUGUCCAUAGUGACAAAUUCGAAACACCUGAAAAGAUUCAUUCCUUGAUUGAUGCUGAGGAUCGGCUUGCAGAGAAAACAUUAAGUCUGCAUUUUAUAGAUCAGGAAUACAAGGAGCAACGAAGCAGUGUAGGAAAAGCAACAGAACUUUCUAUCGAACACACCCUGCAACAGAAAGAAGUGUCAGCUGUGGAAAUUGGUUUUACAGAGCAAGCAAACCAGAAGCAAAUACAAGAGGUACCAGAACCUUUAACAAUUCAAACACCAGACAAAAUAUCAGCCCAGACCAACACAGGGUGUCUAGGUGUUGGUGAGCGUAACCAUGGAUAUUGGGAAGAGAUCACCAAAGUUUGUAAAGUUGUAGAGCCAACAAACCCCACUACUUUUUCUGAAGAGCAUAUUCAAGACCCCCCUGAUAUAGGCAUAGGUCAAGUAGAUGAGGCAGAGAUGCUGGAAGCUGCUAUCAAGAUCCAAGCUGCUUUUAAGGGCUACAAAACUCGAAAGGACAUGCGGCCUGUUUUCAAGGCAGUGUUCAAGACACAGAAUGUUAAGCCGGGUAAUACAGUUUGUCUUGAUUGUAUUGUUGAUGGUAAACCCAGCAUGGUGCGUUGGCUAAAGGAUGGCGUUGAGAUAAAGCAUGGGAAGCGCCAUAAGAUCAGUCUUCAUGAAGAUGGUAGAUGCCUGCUGGUUAUAGCUAAUGCAAGUUUCAAUGAUGCAGGUGUCUACACUUGUGAAGCUGUCAACAAGUUUGGUACUGUUAGUUACAACGGGAAUGUGACUGUCAAUCAUACAAAGAAGAUUGAACACCCAGCAGCAACAGAACCAACUCCUGGAAAAGAAGAGGGCUCACUUAGGCUUAUCUAUGAUCUGCCUACAGAUGACAACUACAGAAAAAUUCAGGAGAGAAGAAAAAGUCUGAUUUCCAUUAGUUCUAGCGGAAAAUCAGUUUGCAAAACUUCAUCUCCUAAAUACCCACAUAGCCUCAAGACCCCAUCCAAUAUAGAGUCAGCCUCGGAGUCAGACGAGGAGGAUGAAAGGGAGGAGACAUUUGAUAUUUAUGUCGCCAAAGUCGACUGUCACCCCAUCGGAGGCAAUAAAGAGACCUUUGUGCUUAAGGAAGGGCAGUUUGUGGAGGUCCUUGACUCUGUGCAUCCUGUGAAGUGGCUUAUCCGUACUAAACCCAGCAGAACCACUCCAUCCAGACAAGGAUGGUUAUCUCCAGCAUACCUCGAGAAGAAGACAAAGGUUAGCAUCGUGCUGGUGUCGGAACUGCUUUCCCUGGCACAAGAAACAGAAACAAAAGACAUUCCUUUCACCAGAAGAAAAACACUCUCGAAAGACGAAUAUAAAGAGACAUCAAAUCGGUUGAUCAAACGCCUGCUUGAGGGUGAAAACGAGUUUGUGAGAGAAAUGAAUUUCUUCGUGGAGCACCAUUUACAGCACGUAGAGACGAGCUCGAAGGUUCCUCUCACCAUUCUUAGCCAGAAAGAAUACAUAUUCCGCAACAUUAAGGAUAUCGCAAGCUUCCAUGAAUGUUGUAUUUUCCCGAAGCUAAGCCAGUGCUUGACAGAUGAUGACGUGGCUCAGUGUUUCGUAAAUUACGCCCCAGACUUUGAGAUGUAUCUACAGUACAUCAUGGGCCAGUCUCAAGCCGAGGCCUGCAUCUCAGACAAAAACACACAGCACUUCUUUAAGCAAUAUACCAACACUGCUUUUGCACAUCUGGAUACUCAAGUCUUGAGUGUUGGUAUGUAUUCGGAGAGACCUCUGGAGAGGCUUCAAAUGUACAAAACCCUGUUUAAGGAGCUAAUAAGGAACAAAGCAAAGAGUGGCCAGAGCUGUUGUCUACUCGAGGACGCCUUUUCCAUGGUGUCCAGCUUGCCUUGGCGUGCAGACAACUUGCAGCACGUUUCCCUGAUUGAGAACUAUCCAGCUCCUCUAAAAGGGCUUGGAGAACCAAUUCGGCAGGGUUCCUUCAUUGUAUGGGAGGAAGCACCCGGAACUAAAAUGUCCCUCAGGGGUCAUCAUCGGCACGUCUUCCUUUUUAAGGACUGUAUUGUCUUCUGCAAAAUGAAAAGAGAUUUGAGCACCCAGUCUAUAUUGUAUAUCUUCAAGAACAAGAUGAAGCUGAACGAUGUCGAUUUAAAGGAUACGGUAGAAGGGGAUGACCGAUCCUGGGGUAUGUCGCAUGAGCAUCGAGGUACAACUCGAAAAGUCACUCUUCAAGCUCAUUCUGUGCUCACCCGUUGGUCCUGGCUCAAAGAUCUCCGAGAUUUGCAACAGCGCACCAAAUUUCCAUCAUGGAGCGCACCAUGCUUUGAGUUGAUUCUUACUGAUUCUGUAGUUAAACUAGGACAGACCAUAAAACUCGUUUGCAAGGUCACGGGAAUCCCUAAACCAGUGGUUACUUGGUACAAAGAUGGCUUUGCUCUGAAGGAUGACAAACACCUUAUUAUCUCAGAGGGAAACACGGGUGCUUGCUAUGUGGUUCUAACAUCCGUGUCUGUUGAAGAUUCGGGUCAGUAUAUGUGCUAUGCAGCGAACCCCAUGGGGAACACCAGCACCCUGGCCAAGAUCUUUGUUGAUGUUCCUCCUAAUUUUACAAGGAGACUUCAGGACACUUCACUGGUGAAAGGGAAGGAUGUGAAGUUGUACUGUUCGUCAGGAUCUGUUCCUGUACCCACUGUCAGGUGGUAUAAAGAUGGCACACAGCUGAAGAAAAGCCAGAAAUACAAGAUUGACAUUGACGCACAGACGGGAAUCCUUUUACUGGUUAUAAAGAACGCAGACGAAGCAGACGCAGGGCAAUAUGAGUGUGAGAUAACGAAUCAGAUGGGCAGUGCUAAGUGUAGAGCGAAGUUGUACUCCACACCGUCCCCUGUAACAAGCAGUGCCAAAGACGAACCACAAACCACCUCGGCUGCAGAUUCCGAAGGCUGGUCCACUGCUUUGGUGAAGAACCUUUUUCAGAUGUUUUUUCAGUCUGGACCUUCCACCCAAUCUGUGCAUGGUACCCAUGAGGCUCAAGCUACACAGGAAGUAGACGAGGAACGAUUGGACAUCCCAGAGGAGCAGCAGCAUGAGGCGUCACUGGAUGACGAGUACAGAGAUCCUCCAGUGGUGCAGGUGGACAUGGAGGAUCUGUGUGUACGGCCUGGACAACCUGCAACCUUUUUUGUGGUGAUUACUGGGCAGCCAAUCCCAGAGAUCAGGUGGUUCAAGGACGGUGUCGAGCUCGUCCCUGGUGAACACGUAGAAGUGAAGCAGAGUGGUGCUCGCUUUUCUCUCACUUUACUGAGUGGUCACAUUUCCGAUUGCGGUACUUAUACGUGUACAGCCAAGAACAGCUCAGGUCAUGCUUCCUGCCACGCCCAACUCACCAUGGAUACAGGUCCAGAGGAGCUUGAGGAGGAGGAGGAAAAGGAAGAAGAGGAGGACAGAGUUUCGGACUUGGGCCGAAGGAGGAAACUUCACACUGUUUAUGACGUCCAUGAAGAGAUUGGCAGAGGCACAUUUGGGGUGGUGAAGCGAGUUACUCACAAGGCGAGUUCGGAGGUUUUCGCUGCGAAGUUCAUCCCUCUUAAGAGCAGCACUCAUACCCGAGCGCUUCAGGAGAGAGACCUGCUGUCCCGACUCGCGCACUGCAGGGUGGCCUGCCUGCUCGACUUCUUCAGCACGCGGCGGACGCUCGUCCUCAUCACUGAGAUCUGCUCGUCUCAGGGAUUACUGGAGCACUUAUUACUAAAAGGAUCGGUCAGUGAAAGAGAGGUUCGGGGUUACAUCCAGCAGGUUCUGGAAGGGCUCGGGUAUAUCCACAGCAUGAACAUCUUACACCUGGAUAUUAAAACAGACAACAUUCUGAUGGUUUCACCAGAUGGACAGGACUUAAAAAUCAGUGACUUCGGCUUCUGUCAGGAGAUCGACCCUUCCAGGCAUCAGUACAGUGUCUUUGGGACUCCUGAAUUCGUGGCGCCGGAGAUCGUUCAUCAGGAACCAGUGACGACAGCAACUGAUGUCUGGUCUGUUGGUGUUGUUGCUUAUCUAUGUCUGACCGGACACUGCCCCUUUUUUGGCGACAAUGACCGAGCCACGCUGCUGAAGGUGGCCGAAGGGCUGGUGUACUGGGACGUCCCACAGAUCACCAGCUUGAGCGAACAAUCCCAAGAUUUUCUGCGCAGAGUUUUACAGCCAGACUCAGAGAUGAGACCAUCAGCAUCAGAAUGCCUGAGUCACCAGUGGUUUCAGGGUCAGUGUGAAGAGGAGCUGUUUGACACUAUUGAUACAAAGAGUUUAAAAUCUUUUAUCUCUAGAAGAAAGUGGCAGCGCUCUCUGACAGGUCUCGGCUCAGUCCUCACCCUGAGGCCGAUCUCUGAGCUGCUGGACGCUCCGCCAUGUGAGGUCUCCAUUACAGCCCCAAGAGACAAUCGGAAUACCAGCAGUACCUCCUUGAGCACUGGUUCCUCCUCUGAAUAUGAUGAGACUGAUGCCUGGGGCUUCUUUCAGAACAUCAGCCAGGAGGAAGAGGAGGACAGUGAAGAAGAUAGUUUGGAGUAUUAUCCGUAUGCCUAUCUUCCUAAACGAUCCUCAGUUCGAAAAGGAGAUGAAGAGGAUCUAAUAAUGAGUCGAGUGAGGAGAGGAGCUUUAAUGAUUCCUAUGAGUGAGCAAGCUAACAAGACGCCCUCACCAUCUCCCAAACUAUCUACGAGGGAGAUCAAAGACGUUUAUUCAACUUUGCCUCUUUCUAAAGAUGAUAAUGUGCCCAGUGGAACACCAAUCCCUCGUGGUAGUUUGAUCAAGAGCACCUUCUACAACAGUGAAAGGCAGCUCUCACCCAUGUCUGCCCGCUACAUGAUGCUCCGGGACAAACUCAAAACCAGGAAACAGGACAGAGUACGCAGGACGCUGCGCUCAAGCCUGUCUGGACGGGUAAAUGAACCUCUUAUAGAGUACGUAGAGGAUUCUCCAGAUUCUGAAACUGCUCUUAGAUAUAGGAGAGGUUCCACACUUUCGUCCAAGUCUUGCUCAUUGGACAGAUGGGUGAGUCCUGUCUAUCCAAACUCCCAUACCCAAAGGAGAAGCAGGUCCCUGGAUGAAUCAUCAAGGAUUUCUCUGGGAGAUGAUGGGCAAGAGCUAGAAUUAAAACAUAAUAAUAAGUUCCUCUAUGAGGAGGAAGAUGAAGCCUCUGAGGUUUCAGUGAAUAAGAUAUCAAAAAGUCCAUCACAGUCUCACAAGGCUAUCAUGGGUUCUUCUUUAGAGGACAGCCAUUCACACAUUGCAGAGGAAGAAGCACCAAUAGUAAUGGAAGAAGACAGAAAUGUAGCAGGUUCACAGCUGUCCCUUGCAGAAUCCUUUGAGCAUGACUCAGAUGCUUCCAGCAGAACCAGCACCAAUACUGGACAGUCUUUGAGCCAUCUCCAAAUUUCAUGGAGACACCACAGAGCAUACGAUGAAUCAGAGGAGAACCUGGUGGCUCCAUCAUUAGGAAAAGCCUCAGAGCUCUCUCUCUCACAGGACUCUGACGAUGAGGACAUUUUGAGAGAGAGAGUUUUGGAGAAUCUCCGGCAAGUACCACUACAACAGCGCACACACAGCACAACAAUGAGCAAAAGCAGUGUUGCAUUGAGACGAAGUUCCUCCGCAAUUCCCAUGCGACCUGCAUCAGAGACCCCACUGAACCGAGAGGUACUUCAGAGGCACUCUUCAGUCCCAGCACUAAAGCUCAAACCUCAGAGUGACAAGUCAGGCAAAUUUGGAUUCAUGAAGAUCUUUCGCAGAAAGUCCUGGACCCCAGGACCAUCCAGCUCUCAAACCGAGGGAUAUGAAAAUAAGGUUGAGGACGGCUCAAGUGCAGAGCAGAAGACCCCUCUCUUGACCCUGAGAAAGAAGAUAAGGGCUUCGGCAUCCAACAUCACCAAACUGUUCACCAGGCAGUCCAGUAAAGAGAGGAAGGAGGAGAAACAGGGGCUAAUCGUGAAGAAUCCCGUUCCACCUGAGAAAACAACCAUCACCUCAGAUUAUUUUCCAUCAGAUCCAUUCUCAGGAAGCUCUCCAAAAAAGCAAAAGCUCUUCUCUCUCAAAGUGCCAACCUUCAAAAAGAGCAAAGGAAUUCCAGCUAAGCCAUUGAAACCAGAUGUGAUCCAGCUGGCUAGUGGCGGAGCUCUGGUUUUCUGGAAUCCAGUGCGAUGCAGUGAUCCUGUCACAUAUUGCAUACAAUAUAGCAUCAACGGUGAUGAGUGGAAAAACCUGUCAGAAAAUGUUACAGAUAGUUGCUACGUUGCUAAUGCGCUACCUAGAGGACCUGGCUACGUGUUCCGCAUCUCCUGCGUUAACAAAACAGGGUCGGGACCGUUCAGCGAUCCUUCACCACCCGCGUCAAUGACGGUGCCAUAUGAAGACUCUCACAUUCCUCUGAUCCUGACGGAAUCUAGCGGGUCCAUGAUCACUGUGCUGGAAGGGCUUGGCUCAGAGAGGUCCUACAGCUUCCUGUCUGAAAUCAACAGGGGUCGAUUCAGUGUGGUGACACGGUGCGAGGACAGCAGGAGCUCCCAGACUCUGGCAGCUAAGCUGACACCGAACGGGCCUGAGCAGAGGCAGCUGGUACUGAGGGAGUACCAGGUGCUGCGCAGACUGUGCCACCCGAACCUCGUCCAGCUCCAUGCUGCCAUUCUCACGCCCUCCUGUCUGGUGCUGAUCGAGGAACUCUGCACCGGAAGAGAACUCCUCUACAGCCUGGCCGAGAGGGAUCUGUAUUCAGAGCAGCACGUGUGUGAGUUGUUGAGGCAGCUCCUGAGUGGUGUGGAUUACCUGCACGCAUGCCACAUCGUCCAUCUCGACCUCUGCUCCGAUAACAUUCUGGUGAACGAGCGUGGCCUGGUGAAGAUCGUGGACCUGGGAUCUGCUCAGUCCUUCACUCCGGGCCACGCCCUUAACAUCAAACACAUCAAAGAGAUGAUGGAGAGCAAAGUUUACAUUGUCCUUCCUAAAGCUCCUGAGAUCUUGCAAGGUCACGGUGUCGGUCCUGCGACGGAUAUCUGGGCUCUCGGUGUUCUUGCGUUCAUUAUGCUGAGUGCCGACAGUCCGUUCCACUCUGAGCUCCACUGGGAAAGAGAUCGCAACAUCCAGAAGGGUAAGAUCCAGUUCGGACGCUGCUAUCCAGGCCUUUCUGAGGGAGCCAUCAACUUCCUGAGGAGCACGCUGAACAGCAAGGCCGGGGGAAGGCCGUCAGCUGCCCAGUGUCUCCAGGACCCGUGGUUACGGGGAGAACCAAGAGAACCGUCACAGCACACGGCCUCUGUGCUCUGCUUCUCCACUGACAAGCUGCAGGUUUUCCUAAAAGAACGCGAGACGAAACGAGACCGAACUCGCACCAAAGUCACCCUGCCACUCAGAUAAAAUUAAAGGCAGAUAAAAACAAAUCAGACCUCCUGAUCACUCAGACAAAACGACUGUAAGACAUAUUAUUGAUUCUAUUUAGGUUCUG